CCACAAUGAUUUAUUUUCAAAAGGAACAAACAAGUUUUUCCUUUCUUUCCUCAAACAGGGCAACUUGUCCAGACAUUUUGUUUUUCUUCUUAUUAAGGAUAUUCUCUCAAUCAAGCCAAGACAAUCCAAGCCACAUGAUACAGCUCAAUGUCCACCCAACCUCACCAUCAACAAAUUUACAGUCUCAUAAGAUUGUCCCAAUAUUGUUUAACCAGGCAGUAUUACAGUACCACUACAUUAAAUUUUAAUUCUUUUGUUAUUCAGCUUCCACUAAGUGAAAAUUAUUGAGUGAUGACGGACAUCAUUACUGCACCUGAAGAAUCCUGCGGAGCUUCUCUUCCUACCCAAUGCCAAAGAUUAUUAGGAAAAGUUGCUUUAGUGACCGGAGGUGCCAGUGGAAUCGGAGAGAGCAUUGUCCGUUUGUUUCACAAGCAUGGUGCAAAAGUGUGUGUGGCCGACAUUCAAGACAAUCUCGGUCUGCAACUAUGCACAUCGCUGGGAGACGACGCUGCUCUAUGCUUCAUCCACUGUGAUGUCACCCUAGAAGACCACAUCAGCCGUUCAGUUGACUUCACAGUGGACAAGUUUGGGACGCUCGACAUUAUUGUGAACAAUGCCGGAAUAUCAGGCCCACCAAUCCCAGACAUCCGUGAGUUCCCGCUCUCCGUGUUCGAGAAGGUAUUUGACGUGAAUGUGAAAGGAGUUUUCCUUGGAAUGAAACAUGCAGCACGGGUGAUGGUCCCACACAAGAAGGGUUCCGUUAUAUCUAUUAGCAGCGUUUCGAGUGCCAUGGCUGGUCUGGGCCCACACGCCUACACGGCCUCCAAGCACGCCGUGUUGGGCCUGACUCAGAAUGUGGCUGCAGAGAUUGGGAAACAUGGGAUUCGCGUGAACUGUGUUUCUCCUUAUGCUGUCGCCACGGGGCUGGCUCUCGCACACUUGCCUGUGGAAGAGAGGACUGACGAUGCAUGGGAAGGUUUCCGUGGUUUCGUGGAGAGAAAUGCAAACUUGCAGGGUGUGGAAUUAACUGCACCUGAUGUCGCCAAUGCGGUGUUGUUCUUAGCCAGUGAUGAGGCGAAGUAUAUCAGUGGGUUGAACCUCAUGGUUGAUGGUGGGUUCACUUGUGUCAACCAUUCUCUUGGAGUCUUCAGAUGAUACAAUGGUUCAUUUAUUGAUCAUAAGCUGCUGUCUGUUGUAACAUUCACAACAAUGCAUCAAUUUGCUGCAUAUGUAUGAUGUAUCCCUUGUAAUAUAAUGCAUUCAUUCAAAAUCAUGUAACUUUGCUGGCAUUCUACUAUCAAUUUGGGAUGGACCCAGCUCAUGAUAACCCUUCAUUAAAUCCGACUGUGCAAGAGCUGAAUUUGGAAUGAAUAAUAAAAUUGUCAAUGGUUUCUUCAUCAUUCUCUUCU